AGUGCAGCUCAUUGAAGACAAAAAAUAUAUCAUUGGGUCCUUAUCAGUCAGAGUCUGACUAAAGUCUCUCUGCCCCUUCCACAUGAAAAAAAAUGAAAAUCAUUUCCUCAAUAUCGUCACACCAUCGACAGGAGGGGGUAAUGUGGAAGGUAAAUAUCAUAGUAGAGAGUGAUCUCAGUAUCAUGGCAAUUUUCGAUAUUCUUGUAAACGACUCAAGCAAAUCACAGUCUGUUUAUUCAUUCACCUAUCAGUCGACUCACGACCGUCUCGUCGUACAGACGUUGCGCGUCUUGACGCCCUCGCGUCAUCAAUACAUCAAUUGUCAAUUAAUACUUAAUGGAUAGACGACAUUGACACUAGGUCCUCAUAAAAAACCACUCGACAAGCGAUAGUACACAUUUUUUAUUCAUUAAGAAAACAAAUUAAAAGAAAAAAAACAAACAUAAAUCAAUCGAUCGUUAAUCCUCAAGUUUUCAUCUACAACUCAUCGAGGAAGUGGAAUUCUAUUUGACGGCCACAUGUGCCAAUCGAUAUUUUAAUAAUGUGAAGACUAUGAAAUUUUAUUUACGACUUUGUACGAGUUUAUUCAUGUAACCAGACGUUUUUGAGGAAUUCUCUUGGGUAUUUGUCGAUGAGAGAAAUUGAUAUGUGCAGUACAUGUGACGUAAAUGAUCGAAAAAAAAAUUUUUCAAGGAGCGGAUAAGACGUCUGAACGAUAAGACGUAUUCCAGUUUUGUAUACGUUUUUGAAGAGUAAAUUGGAGACUUUAAAUUUUCCUUGACAACGCGCAUCUCGUGAACAUUCCAGAAUGCAGAACUGUGAUAAUUUGAUUUGAGCAGACAAGGGAAUUUUCAAAAGUGAGAAUAUGGCAUCUGUCGAGGGGAAGGACAGGCACGAGCAUGGCCUGGGUUAUCAGAACACUUUGAUGUAUGGUCGUUACACCAAGGACUUGGGUGAAUUCGCGAAGGAAGAGGCACGUAGAUUGAAAUCCAGUGAGAAAACCAGAAGAAAAUUGGACAAAGUCCGAGCAGAGGAGCUGAGGAAAUCCCGGAGGGGUCCAUUAUGUAGAAAAAUAGUAGCUCUCAUUGCUUUUGCAUGGAAACACACGGGAGCAAGACUAGGAGAGGAUUGGGUUUUUCUGGCGUUAUUGGGAGUCAUCAUGGCAUUCAUCAGUUAUGCCAUGGAUCGAGGAAUCUCACUUUGCAACAAUGCACGAAUUUGGUUGUACCAGGACCUGACCUCGCACCCAGCCCUGCAGUACCUGGCGUGGGUGUCCUUGCCAGUAUGCCUGAUCCUCUUCAGCGCAGGUUUCGUCCACAUCGUAGCCCCCCAGAGUAUCGGUUCAGGUAUUCCCGAGAUGAAGACAAUUCUCCGUGGUGUUGCCCUGAAAGAGUACCUGACCUUUCGCACUCUCGUCGCCAAAGUGAUAGGUCUGACAGCGACUCUGGGGUCAGGUCUACCCUUGGGAAAAGAGGGUCCGUUUGUCCACAUCGCCAGUAUCGUGGCAACACUCCUCUCAAAAUUAGUCACUUCCUUCCAGGGCAUCUACGAGAACGAAUCGAGAAACUGCGAGAUGCUUGCAGCAGCCUGUGCUGUUGGUGUUGCUUCUUGCUUUGGUGCACCCAUCGGUGGUGUUCUCUUCAGCAUUGAAGUAACAACUGUUUAUUUCGCUGUGAGAAAUUACUGGAGGGGUUUCUUCGCUGCUGUCUGCGGUGCAACGAUGUUUCGAUUGCUGGCCAUUUGGUUCCAGAGGGAGGAGACAAUCACUGCAAUGUUCGCUACCAAUUUUACGAUGGAUUUUCCCUUCGAUCCCCAGGAACUCUUCGUCUUUGCACUAAUCGGUGUGGCCAGUGGUCUAGGAGGUGCUUUCUACGUCUGGCUCCAUCGACAGUACGUCAUCUUCAUGAGAAAGAACAAGAGCAUGAAUUCAUUUCUCCAGAAGAACAGAUUUCUUUAUCCUGGUAUAGUCUCUCUACUGGUAUCAUCCGUAUCCUUUCCCAUGGGACUUGGACAGUUCAUGGCUGGUGAACUCAAUACUCAUUAUCAGGUUCAAGGACUCUUCACUAAUUUUACAUGGAGCAAACAGCAUCUCAAUGUCGAGGAGAUGAGCAUCGUCAGGCACUGGACAACACCCUAUUCCGAUGUUUUUUUGGGACUCUUUGGAUAUGUACUUUUCACUUUUGUGUUCUCGAUUAUCAGCUCGACGGUACCGGUGCCAUCGGGAAUUUUCAUUCCGGUUUUUAAGAUUGGAGCAGCUCUGGGGAGAAUCGUCGGCGAGGCCAUGGCACUCUGGUUCCCCAAUGGUGUCAGGUAUGGGGGACUUAACACACCCAUUACACCAGGUGGAUAUGCAACAGUGGGUGCAGCAGCCUUUUCCGGUGGUGUGACACACACGAUAUCCGUUAGUGUUAUAGUUUUCGAAAUGACUGGACAAAUAACUCAUAUCGUUCCGAUUAUGAUAGCUGUCCUGAUAAGCAAUGCAAUAGCAGCAUUACUACAGCCAAGUAUCUACGAUAGUAUUAUUCUCAUUAAAAAGCUGCCAUACCUUCCGGAUUUGCUGCCCUCAAGCUCUGGAAUGUACAAUAUUUACGUGGAGGACUUCAUGGUUCGUGAUGUCAAGUACAUCUGGCAUGGAAUAAGUUAUCAAACCCUGAAGGAAACUCUCAAAUCGAAUCGCAAAUUGCGGGGAUUCCCCUUAGUCGACAAUCCUGCAUCCAUGAUUCUUUUGGGAUCCAUUCAACGGCUCGAGUUGAUUAAAUUAAUUGAGAAACAGAUAGGACGAGAGCGAAGACUUCAAGUGGCGCAGAAGCUGCAAAAGGAAGCGGAAGAGCGUGCACGAGAGGAAUUGGAGCGUCAACUGCGAGAGCAAGAGAGGGCACGUCGUCCCUCUCGUUUCGAGGUGAUACCUGCCCCAGAUAUUCUGAAAAUGCAGCGUCAAAGUGUCAACGACCUGUCGACGAUCCCAGGGAAUCACCAGGAGCACCACACGUACCACACACCGAUGUUCGGUUGUCAGCCGAAGAAGUCCAUCCUGAAGAAGACCAAUUCGUUCACGUUGAAGGGUUUCAGUCCACUGGUCAGUCCAGCUGUGACACCUUACACGACAGUUACGGGGGCCGAGAGCAGGAUCAGACUGGCCUUCGAGGCGAUCUUCAGGAAAUCUGCUACUCUUCAGGAUGUAGAGCCAGACCCUGAGGUGGGACCCACCGAGGGUGGAACAGCUGAUGGUUCCACAGCUGGUGUCAAUCAGCCGAUGCUCCCCAGCCCUGCCACCUCCAAAAAGGUUCAACUCCCCAGGGAAAGGGUCAUCGACAUGUCUGCGGAGGACCAGAAGAUCUGGGAGGAAAGCGAAAUGGCCAGGGAAGUCGAUUUCUCCAGGUGUCAUAUCGAUCCAGCACCCUUUCAACUCGUUGAGCGGACAUCUCUCCUCAAGGUUCACAGUCUUUUCAGCAUGGUGGGUGUGAAUCACGCGUAUGUGACAGCUAUUGGACGACUGGUUGGUGUUGUGGCCCUUAAGGAACUCAGAAAAGCUAUUGAAGAUGCUAAUGCUGGGGUCUUGCCUGCGCACGAUAAUAUUCAUCCGGUUAUCUCGGUCACUAGUCUGGGGAAGCGCCAAGGACCAGAGGAUGUCAACGACGAGAGAAAUGGAGGGGAUCUCCCGAUAAUUAAUUCUGCCGAUGACGAGGGGGAGUUCCACGGGGAAAAGGACGAUGAUGAGGGCAGAAGGGAAAAAGAGGGCAGUGUGUGAAACGGCAGCAUCUCGACACAUCUCAAAAUUCAAUAGAAUUUUUUCAAAUCUGAAAAAAUUCUAUUCGAUUUUCAUUUUAUUUUUGAUUGGAAAAAGAGAUCUUUAUGUAUCAGAUUUUUAUAUUGAGAUUUUUUUUUAUUAAAAUUUAUUGACGGAUUUUUUGCAGUGCAAAAACCAAAGAAUUUAGAAAAUUCAGAGUCGAGAAUUUUAAUAUAAAAAAUUCAAAAGACUUUUCCCUAUCAGAGAAAAUUGAAUUGAGUUUUCUGUUUUAUUCGGAUACAAGAGUGAGAAUUCAUUCAAUUUUAGAAUUGAAUGACUUCGAAAUGACAAGAUGUUGAUUAUUCAGAAUGUUCGGGUUUAGUGUUGAUUGUUUACAUUCAGAUAUUGUGAUAGUCUCGUCGAUCGAUGAGGCCUGAUUAGUAAUCGUUAAUUACGAAGAAUCAUUAUUGGAAAAAAUUUUGCAGAACAACGGAUCAACAAUGAAACAAUCCGUUUGGAAUGAUUUGUAUAUAUUUCAUACACGAACUCAAAUAUCUCAUGGUGGAGAUUAUUUGUGGCGUGGAAACUGUUGUACCAACGGUUUUUUAUACCAUCACGUUAAACAAAUGGAUUAGAAAAUAGCGAACAAAUAAUUUAUGUAGAAGUAUAUAUCAUUUUUUAAAAAUGUUCAAGUACCUAUUUUUGUAAAACAAUUAAUUUCCCACUUUCCAGGUAAUUAUUCAUCCAUUUCAAUUCAAUUUAACUAGGAAUCGAUGAUCAAUAGUUUAAAUAAUUUUAAUCGUCGCUUUAUAAACCGUGAAUGUUGAAUGGAAAUAUUUAAAUAAUAGGGAAAUAAUAAAAAAACACGCGCUAAUAAUUUGAUUGUGCGAUUGAUUCGAUUGGAAAAAUCAGCAAUUGCAAAUCUCAGAUACAUGAAUAUUUUUAAUUAAUUGAAAACUUAUAAUCGAUGAAUUUUAUGGACAGAAUAGUCUCCUAGAAGACUGUUUCAACAUUCCAUCCAAUUGGAAGUUAAAAUAUUGAUAUGAAAGUGGUCGACUGAAAUAGUUUAUGCUGAAGACACUCAUCAAUCUGUUGAAUGAUGGCUCGUUUGUAGAAAUCGAUAUUUGUAAAUAUACAACGAUAAUUUAUUAUACAAA